AAGUGUGCUCUGGCGCACCGGAAGCGGCCGGAAGAGAGCGAUGGCGGGUUUGACUGUGAGAGACCCUGCGGUGGAUCGUUCUCUGCGUUCGGUGUUCGUGGGGAACAUUCCAUAUGAGGCUACUGAAGAGCAGUUAAAGGACAUCUUUUCUGAGGUUGGACCCGUUGUUAGUUUCAGGUUGGUAUAUGAUAGGGAAACAGGAAAGCCAAAGGGUUAUGGCUUCUGUGAAUACCAAGACCAGGAGACAGCACUUAGUGCCAUGCGAAACCUGAAUGGGCGUGAAUUCAGUGGAAGAGCACUUCGCGUGGACAAUGCUGCCAGUGAAAAGAACAAAGAAGAGCUGAAGAGCCUUGGCACUGGUGCCCCUGUCAUUGAGUCACCUUAUGGAGAGACCAUCAGUCCUGAGGAUGCCCCUGAGUCCAUUAGCAAAGCAGUUGCCAGUCUUCCACCAGAGCAGAUGUUUGAGCUGAUGAAACAAAUGAAGCUCUGUGUCCAGAAUAGUCCUCAGGAAGCACGGAACAUGUUGCUUCAGAACCCUCAACUGGCUUAUGCUUUGCUACAAGCACAGGUAGUGAUGAGAAUUGUGGAUCCAGAGAUUGCCCUGAAAAUUCUGCAUCGUCAGACAAAUAUCCCAACACUGAUUGCAGGCAACCCUCAGCCAGUCCACAGUGCCGGCCCUGGCUCAGGAUCCUCUGUGUCAAUGAGCCAGCAGAAUCCUCAGGCCCCUCAGGCCCAGUCUUUGGGUGGAAUGCAUGUCAACGGUGCACCUCCUCUGAUGCAAGCUUCUAUGCAGGCUGGAGUUCCAGCACCAGGGCAAAUACCAGCAACUGUAACAGGACCUGGCCCUGGUUCCUUAGCUCCUGGAGGAGGAAUGCAAGCCCAGGUUGGAAUGCCAGGAAGUGGACCAGUAUCCAUUGAGCGGGGACAAGGAACACUACAGCACUCGCCCGUGGGACCCGCCGGGCCUGCAUCAAUUGAGCGAGUUCAAGUGCCAAUGCAGGACCCCAGAGCAGCUAUGCAGCGUGGUCCCUUGCCUGCCAACGUCCCAACUCCUCGAGGUCUACUAGGAGAUGCUCCAAAUGAUCCACGUGGAGGCACUUUACUUUCUGUAACUGGAGAGGUAGAGCCUAGAGGUUAUCUGGGACCACCUCAUCAGGGUCCACCCAUGCACCAUGUCCCUGGUCAUGACAGCCGUGGCCCACCCCCACAUGAAAUGAGGGGAGGGCCAUUAGCUGAGCCCAGACCUCUAAUGGCGGAGCCAAGAGGACCCAUGCUAGAUCAGAGGGGUCCACCGUUGGAUGGCAGAGGCGGAAGAGAUCCCCGAGGCAUAGAUGCACGAGGAAUGGAGGCACGAGCCAUGGAGGCUAGAGGAUUAGAUGCCAGAGGAUUGGAGGCCCGUGCUAUGGAAGCCCGAGCGAUGGAGGCCCGUGCGAUGGAGGCCCGUGCGAUGGAGGCCCGUGCAAUGGAAGUCAGAGGGAUAGAAGCCAGAAGUAUGGAUACAAGGGGCCCAGUCCCUGGUCCUAGAGGUCCUAUACCUAGUGGAAUCCAAGGUCCCAGUCCAAUUAACAUGGGGGCAGUUGGCCCCCAGGGAUCCAGACAGGUCCCAGUUAUGCAGGGAGCAGGCAUGCAAGGAGCAAACAUUCAGGGUGGAGGUCAGCCUGGGGGCUUUAGUCCUGGCCAGAACCAGGUCACCCCACAGGACCAUGAGAAGGCUGCUUUGAUCAUGCAGGUUCUUCAACUGACUGCAGACCAGAUCGCCAUGCUGCCUCCUGAGCAGAGGCAGAGUAUCCUGAUCUUAAAGGAACAAAUACAGAAAUCCACUGGAGCACCUUGAAAGGUUUUCAAAAAUACCUGGCAACAAAUCUGGAAAUUAAUUCCAUAACUUUGUUGAAAUGUUGCAAAAAGAUGACUUCUGCAUCCUAACCCUUGAAUGAAUGCCAGGUGGAGGAUUCCCAUCACCUUCUCUCAGAACAAAAUCAGUUCAUUCUGUUGUCUUAGUUUGUAUAUUUUCUGUGACUUGAAAUAAACUUUGAACACAAUUUUAGUAUACUGCA